AUUUAAACCCACCCUUGUUGCAUUCACUUUCUGAAGGCGACUCAGCUUUCAGUAAUAACAGGUUAAAUGGUUUACAUUACUGCGGAAAUAUACCAACGCGUCAUGUGUUUCAACAACCUGUUUCUAUUUCAUCUCCAGGCGUUGACGAUUGCAGCAUUUCAAAGCUAUGGCAGUACCGUUUUCUAAUACGGAUUUACGUAUACCCCACGGGUUUCCUGCGUUGUUGGAAGGCCUUUCGCGUGAAGUUCUAAGACACCAACCCCAAGACAUUUUUGGAUUUGCGGAAAAGUAUUUUGAAGAGUUGCUGAAAAGACGUGAAGAAACUGGUACUGAAGAUUUAGCGCAGCUAUGUGCGAGGUUGAAUGACAGAUACUACAACAACAGGGCCUAUUGUCCUGCUGAUUUGAAGUCCUCCAAACAUGAGCAAACGGAGGCGGCCAUUAUAAUCCAAUCCAAAUACCGCCAGUAUCGAGCACGUCGAGAAGCUGAAAGCUUGCGGAGGGAGAGAGCGGCUACCCACAUUCAGGCGACUUAUCGGGGUUACACUGAACGAAAGCAACUUGAGCUGACACAAGGCAACUCCACUACUCAUCUGCCAUUUGGUCGCAAAGAAUUUGGCGAGGUAUCCGCCAAUUCCGUUACAUCCUCCGUCCCCGUGAAACACGUUUCACGAGUAUCUUCCAACCAGGAAACUUGCGCAGCAGCCUUCGCCGAGCCACACCCUGACCAGCCGCCCACCUCAAACCGCCUGUUGUCAGAAUGUGCAACUCACGAAGGAAGAGAAGACUUCGCGCAGCUGUCGUUUACACACCGUUUGAGUGGCGUGUCGGACGAUGAGAACAAAGCGGCGGCCAAAAUACAAGCAAGCUUUCGAGGUCACCUAGCCAGAAAACAACACAGUUCUUCGGCUCGGCUUGAAGGAGGAGAGUUACAAAACAACCCACAAGCUACUGUAAAAUUAGACACUCUUAACUUCGGUGGGUCGCUGGAAUCUGCAUCUGGAAACGGUCAAACUCCCGGGAACUCAGUGCACCAGCAAGGUGUUACUGAUUCAGAGGAUACUCAGGCGCUGACGCAAGAUAGUAUGGACGACCACAGUGGCUCGCCAACAUCUCAUUUGAACAGUGAUCCGGCAUUUGGAUCUCACGACGCGUUGAUAGAAGAGGACUAAGAUUGCAAGAUUGCUCUCGGAUCUCCACUUGUGGCCACUAAUCUAUUUUCAAUGCGUGCUGCCAUUCAAUGUCGGUAGUUCCCUCUUGCUUACACUCUUUUCUACCCAUUAUUUUCAGUCCUUCGCACACUUUUCUCAUCGGACCAUCUGUGUAUUUUCUGGCGUUCCCGGCUGUGCACACUGAGCUAUUUCACGCAGAUUUUCGCAGCGCUUUCGCAGUUCAUUUCCUCCCCAUGUUCACUACACGUGUCCCGAUCCCACUUCUGGAGUUCGGGGAUCACUCUCUCCAUCCCCGCCUCUUCGGCCGCACUCUCUCCUCCACUUCGAUCGCUAUGAAGUACUAUAAGAUUUCAUCUUAGAUCUACACUUUUGGUGAUACUCUGGCGGACCUUAAUACAACAAUCUGCAUCUCGCGUUUCAUUUUGACAAACCCCUUAGUAUGAUGCAUACUGUUAGUUUAAAUAGUUACUUGCCGCUCCUGUCAACCAUAAACUGAUAUGCUUAUGUACACGGAAAGCUGAGCCCAACUUAUCCAACGUUUUAAUGUAAUUCGAAACCAUCUGAUCUACUGACAUGCCGCGAGGCUUGAUCACCAAAAUAGGUUUCUACUGCCCCUAGCCUUCGUAUCAUAAUAACUUUAAUUUCUAAAUUCACGAACGUGGACUAUUCUACUCACAGUCAUUGAGUAGUUCGCAUACUGUUAUGGUCAAUGCGAACCUUUUCCUUGUCUAGUCACCUGCAGCAUGAUAAUUGAUUCUGGCCACAGAAUUACAGAUUCCGGUUUUGUUUAGUUUCCUCUAUUAACCUUAUUUGUUUAACAUUGUAGACCAACAGCUUUUCACAUCUGUCAUUUGUACUGCGUCAAAUUCGCAUCAUGUUCGCAUUGGUUGCUACCUGAACGACAAGUGAAUUUACUACUGUCCCGUCCCUGCGAGUCGCUCCCAUCAUCCCUAAGUCUAUUGAAUUGCUUUAUUCAAAUUGCUAUUCUAGUACUACGACCUAACAGUACACUUUAUUUUUCACGCAGCGAUCAGUCUAGGGAAGUAUGUAUACUAGUGUGUG